AUGACUUAUCAAUCAGAUAUGAAAAUGGAUGUGGACCAGAAUCCAACAAUGGUAUUGAAUGAACUUCGUAAACAAUGUCCUUCAGAAUUACAAGAAUAUUUAAAUAAUUUUGAGGACUUGUAUGAUCGCAAGUUAUGGCACCAACUUACUUUAAAAAUUGAGGAAUUCUUUACAGAACCAACCUCUGGUCCCUUCCAGAUUCAACUGUUUCAACAUUUUAUGUCUGACUGGGAAAGCAAGAUGAAUAAGCUUAAAUUAGUGAGAUUGGGACUAUCUCAUGGUAAACAUUAUUGUGAUAUCAUAUUAGAUUACAACGAAGCCUUGGCCUUUCUAACGUCACUUGUUGAAAAAGUUGAUACGUCUGAAACGCGUGAUGCUUAUGUUCUUGCUGUAACUGAAACUGCUUAUAUAAAGCUUAGAUUAUUUGAUCUUGAGGGUACAAAGACUGCUAUGGAUGAAUGUGAGAAGAUUCUUGAUACCUUUGAUUCUGUAGAAACCGUGAUUCACGCGAGUUUUUAUCGUGUUUGUGCCGAUUUUUACAAGGCAAAAGCAGAAUAUGCUCAAUAUUACAAGAAUGCAUUGCUUUAUCUAGCGUGUAUUCAACUUGAAGAAUUGACUUUAGAAGAAAAAAUUGAAAGAGCCCAUGAUUUGGCGAUUAGUGCAUUAUUGGGUGAUACCAUUUAUAAUUUUGGCGAAUUGUUAAUGCAUCCAAUUUUGGAUACGUUAACAAGCACACAUCUUGAAUGGCUCAGGAAUUUAUUAUUUGCAUUUAACGCAGGAGAUAUUGGAAAAUUUGAAAUGUUGGCUGUGAAUUUCGUUCAAGAGCCUAUAUUACAAGAAAAUAUGUCGUUUUUACGUCAAAAGAUCUGUUUAAUGUCAUUGAUUGAAGCUGUAUUCAAAAGAAGUUCAGAUAAUAGGACAAUUCCCUUUGCAAAUAUUUCCGAAGAAACCCAAUUGCCUAUUGAUGAGGUGGAAUAUCUAGUAAUGAAAGCCCUUUCUCUCAAAUUGAUUCGUGGGUCAAUUGAUCAAGUUGGUGAAGUAGUAGUCGUAACGUGGGUUCAACCGCGUGUUUUAGAUAAAGACCAAAUUGAUAAUAUGAGACAGAGAUUGCAAGAAUGGGAUGAAAACGAGGACUUUUUGAAAAAAAUUCUUGAAUUACUUAAUAUUUCAAACCGUCACCCAGAAGUACUCUGGGCACAACGCCAAAAUGAACUUUAUCUUACCAUAAAUUUAACCGAUAUUAAAGAACCAAAGAUCGAUGUUACCAAGGAUAAAAUUUCUUUCGAAGGUGCCGGAGGCACCGAACAAAAAUUGUAUCAGUUUGAAAUAAACUUACACAAGGAAAUUAAUCCAGAGACUUCAAAGCGCUCGCAUACUGCACGUAGUAUUAUUCUUGUUCUCGAUAAGGCUGAACAUGGUCAAAAAUUUUGGCCACGUUUACAAAAGGGUGGUGGAAUGGAUUUCUCUAAUUUGAUGGGUUCUGGUGGUGGAGGUGCCGGAUUUGAUGAGGAUGAUUCGGACGAUGAAGACUAUCCUGAACUAGAAAGUACUACGAAGACGAAUGAAGUAAAUGAAGAAUCCAAGGAGUCUGCCCAAGAAGAAGAUUCUAGCAAGGAAGCUGCAAAAGACUAA